GCAGAAACGCGCCGCGUAUCCAACGGUCUCAUUUAAAACUACAUUUCCCCUUUUCAGUCGGCUUUGUUGUUAACGUACAUCCUGGGCUGGGGCGAACCGCAUCAACUCCGGAGCAGAUUGCAAACAGCCGCCUCGUCUUUGGUCCACGUACCGAUCCCUGUUUAGUGCCAAGGAAUGGCAGAAACAUCAGAGACGUCAAGUGAUACAGAGUCGUCCUGUGGCUGGACCAUUAUUAGUAAUGAGGGCUCAGAUAUCGAGACGUUGGGGUCGGAGGUGACAGUGGAGUGUGGAGCAGGACUGUUAGAGCGCCCCCGAGUGGAGGAAGCAGAGCUGCAGGAUGUCGCCGCAGCUGAUGCUGGAUGUAUUAAAGAGAAACGUGCUUCAAUUGAUGAGACGCUGCAAGAUCCAACCAUAGAAGAAACGCUGUGCGCUUCAGAGGCUGGAGACAUGGCUCCAGAGACGGUGCACGUGUCUCUGCUGUCCUCCAGCGACCAGUCAGACAUCGUAACUCUGGGAGACUUGAAGGAGGAUGAUCACUUAGAGGAGGAGGAGGCGGCAGCGGCCAGCGAGGAGUUCUACAUGGGCACAUCCUGCAGCAGCCAAUAUGCCUUCACCGCUGGAGAGAGUGCAGGUUUGAUGUUGAGUCACUGGAAACUUCCACAGAGUCUGGUGACCUUAGGGCAACAUCUGAGAAGUCAGCUCACUGGAAGUCGCUCCUUUCCAGUAUUCCCAGCGCAGCAGCCGGUGGUGACAAACUCGAGCAGCAGCGAGGACGAGGCGGGACGAAGUGCCGGUACCGUGGUACGAAGAAGGCGGCUGAGGAAGAAUACCACAAGUAGCAUGACAGAGCCUGAGGAGGAGGAAGCACUGGAGACUGGGUCAAAUGAGGAAAAGGCCAAAGAAGAGACACAGCAGGAGGCGCAGGCCGAGGUUAGACCGGCUGGAGCUCUGGAUGCACAAAGUCAAGGCCCAGGCAGUAGAAUGCUCAAGUACAUCCUGGUGGUCGUCGUAGCCGUAACCUUACUGCUACUCUGCGGCAUGAUGAGGAUUCAAGAAAGACAGAAAAGUGUGAAAAACGUGGUCAGUGAGCUCAAUGUGUGCAAAGAGGGACGGGUCUUUAGCCGGGAAGACCCGGAGGAGCACAAACUCAUUUCCCUGCUCACACAUGAGAUUGAGAAGAUAAAACAUGAGAACCAGGAGCUCAACAUCAAACAGGCGCAUAUUCAGGCCCAGAGAGACAACAUGGAAAAGCUGCUGAAAGUGAAAUCUGAGGAGAAGACUAACAUCAUGUCUCAGCAGCAGAGUUUGGCUGCUGAAAACCAGCUGCUGAAAAGCUCUCUGGAACGUGAAGAAAACUCCCUGCUGACUUUACAGGAGGAGCUGAGAAACCUGCGCAGUAGGAUUAGGGAUCUGGAGGCGAUGGGCGCCGGAGCUGACUCCCUGCUCUCAGAAAACCAGAGGCUGAAGGAUCAGCUGGAGGAGGAGAAGCAGCAGAUGAGGAAGUUCCACAGUCAGAAAGAAGAACUGAUGGCUGAAGCAAAGACCGUGAGGGAGAGGCUCAAUAAAGAAAGGGAGGUCACAGAGGAGCUGAGAAGAGAGCUGAGUCGCGUCACUGGUAGAGAGAGUGAGUCCAGUUCAGAGACAGAAGAGUUGCAGCUACGUCUGCUGGAGCUGGAGAAGAGACUGAGCUUCGAGCAGCAGCGCUCUGACCUGUGGGAGAGGCUGUACGUGGAAACCAAAGAAGAAAGAGCCAAAGGAGACACGCAAACCAAGAGGAAGAAACCAUCGGACGGCAUGGCGGGUAGAGUGAAGCAGACAUUUGAUGCUGUGAAGAACUCCACCAAAGAGUUUGUCCACCACCACAAGGAGCAGAUAAAGAAAGCGAAGGAGGCUGUGAAGGAGAACCUGAGGAAGUUCUCAGAUUCCGUCAAAUCGACUUUCCGACACUUCAAGGACUCAGCAUCAACUUUCAUCAACAAGGCCAGAGGAUUCUACGACAAGAAGAAUUCAAAGGAGUCGUGGCAGCACAGGUCCCACAGGCAUCAUCACAGACACCCGCACAAAUCUGACGACUCCUCCCAGAGCAGCGGCAACACCAGAAAACCAGGGGGGAAGGUCCACGAGGACCGAGGCCAAAGCAGCAACAAGGCAGGGGCCAAAGGAUGCAUCGGGGUCUUCGACUGCGCUUACCAGGAGUCCAUGAGCCUCUUUAACAAAGGCAUCGAGCCAAUUAGAGCGGAUGAAUUCUACCAGCUGUUGCGGAGCUACCUGCAGCAGGAGGUCGAACACUUCCACCACUGGAAAGAGGUGGAAGUGUUCGUCAACAACUUCUUCCACAACGGAGUGUUCAUCCACGACCAGAUGCUGUUCACAGACUUUGUCAGCGGUAUCGGGGAGUACCUGCUGGACAUGCAUGAGUAUCACGGCCUCGAUGAAGAUGUGUUUGGAGAUCUGAAUGACUUCAUCUACAGGCACUUCUUUGGGGAGGCCUACAUUAAAAACUAUUCCCCGAGUGGUCCCUUCGAAAGACCCAACGCAGAUUCAAAGGAUGAGUCACGAUCAAAGCAUCAGCAGCGCAAGCAACAAAGAACUAGAUCCCGUCCACACAGUGAACGCAAGUGGAGCAGGUCAGGAAGAAACACAGACAGACACAUGGCCGACGUCAAAAUAGAGCUCGGCCCAAUGCCAUUCGAUCCCAAAUACUGAAAACGUCUCAGCUGGUUUAAUGUUGUAGUUUUAGAUUCUAUGUUGGGCUUAGAUGCAAAGAUUUGUAAGUUUGCACAAUGUUGAGUUUUCCCUGCUACUGAGUGUUAUUGAACGGUUGUGUUUUUAGUUAGGUUUGAGUGAAAGAUGUGUCAUUGCUUAUAUGCACGUUAAGAAAACUUACAUGAAAAAAGGUUAAAUGAACUGAUAAAGUAUGAUUUGCUGCUGAAUCAGCACAGAUUUUAUUUCAGCUAAUAAAUGUUGGACAACAAAUUCCUACUUAGGAACCAACAACUGUGCCAUGUUGCCACGUUUAGUUUUAAAGUAACAAUCAUACUGUAUAGUUGUUUUAAUUUGCUGCUACAACAACAGGUUUGCGUGCUGUUCGGUUUUCUUUGCUGUCAACGCUGUUCUUACAUUCCACCUUAAGCUUGUUAUAACUGGACUGGGCAGUUUUAUCAGAAAACCAAAAUAUAAUAAAAAAUAGGCUGACAAAUGUAAUAAUUUUUACAUCUGAUAUUUUAAAUUUACAUUUGAGGUAAAAUAGUUCAGUAUGAAAUCACAAGACAGUUUCAUGAAGGAAACAAAACUGCGAUUGUUUCAGUGUUUGUUAGUGCCUUUCAUAAAUAAAGAUGCUUCCUCCGA